UCUUGUCCAAUUCCAUCUCUUUCUCUCUCUUCACAGUGCCUUGUCUUUAUCCUACACCCAUCUCACCCCACAAAAUAUUUUCUCUCUCUUCAACAAUCAUGGCAACUCUGUUCCCUCCUUUCCCAUUUUUCUUUCUUUUAGCUAUCCAAAUGUGUACCCUCCAUCAACAAUCAACCAAGCUGCUAGGUAGUUAGGGAGCAACAUCAACCCUUCUACCAUUUCAUCACCACUUUCUCCUUCUUCUUCUUCUUUUUCCAUUUUUCACCAUUCCUCUAAGCAACCAACCAAACCAAGGAUGAGUUUAUCUUUUGGUUCAGGGCUCUAGGAUGAUAGAAUAAUGAAGAGUUCAAGGUUGAAGAUAUGGGCUGUUGGAUUUGCAGUAGGAAAUGAAGGAAAGGCAACGUUGGAAGGCUGAAGAGGAUGCGUUGUUAUGUGCAUAUGUGAGAGAGUAUGGUCCUAGGGAAUGGAAUCUUGUGUCUCAGCGCAUGAACACACCUCUAAACAGGGAUGCAAAGUCAUGCUUAGAAAGGUGGAAGAACUACCUCAAGCCUGGCAUCAAGAAAGGGUCUCUAACAGAGGAAGAGCAGAGCCUUGUAAUCCGGCUUCAAGCGAAACACGGCAACAAAUGGAAGAAAAUUGCUGCAGAAGUUCCAGGUAGAACUGCCAAGAGGUUAGGGAAGUGGUGGGAAGUGUUCAAAGAGAAGCAACAGAGGGAGAAACAAGAGAUUAACAAAGCAAUUGGCCCAGUUGAUAAUACCAAAUAUGAUCAUAUUCUUGAGACUUUUGCUGAGAAGCUAGUGAAGGAACACUCUUCACAAUCAUCAUACCUUAUGGCUUCUUCUACUGGACCCUUUAUCCACACUGAUGCACCUGCAACUGCUUCUGCAUCUGCAUCUGCACCUGCAUCAUUGCUUCCUCCUUGGAUUUCAAAUUCUAGCACCACCAAUCCCUCACCAGGAAUUAGGCCACAUUCACCUUCUGUGACCCUUAGUCUCUCUUCCUCAACAGCACCUCCUCCCCUUUGGUUGAAUGUAACAACACCUCAUGGUGAUAACAUAGUAGUGUUAGAGUUAAUAGAGUGCUGUAAGGAGUUGGAAGAAGGACAUCAUGCUAUGGUGGCGCAUCGGAAGGAGGCGGCGUGGCUGUUGAGAAGGGUGGAGCAGCAGUUGGAGGCAGAGAAGGCUAGCAGAAGGAGGGAAAAGAUGGAGGAAAUUGAAGCAAAGAUUAAGGCUCUAAGGGAAGAACAGAAUGCUGCUUUGGAUAGAAUAGAAACAGAAUAUAGAGAACAGUUAGGAGAGUUGAGGAGAGAUGCAGAAAGCAAGGAGCAGAAGUUGAUUGAGGAAUGGAAUGCAAAGCACGUGAGGGUAGUGAAGUGUAUGGAACAACAAGUAGGAGGCAGAAUACCCCGAAUUGCUGAGCCUAAUGGAAGAUAAAUAAAAGGCAUUAUUUAGAAUCCUGCUCUUUCUUUAGUUUGGAUUUUGUAGUCCAACUAUCUAUUUGUAUUGAUGUACAUGUGCAAUCUUGCACGAGGUGCAUCCAUCUUCAUGAAUUGAACUCUGGCUGUGUUCUAAUUUUUCCUGCAAACUGUGUUGCAUCUCAAUGAAGGAAGGAUGUGUUGUUUCCGAA